UGGCAGGCGGCUCUCAGUGGCGGCGCUGACAUGGCUGCGCUGGUGGAGCCGCUGGGGCUAGAGCGCGAUGUGUCCCGGGCGGUGGAGCUCCUCGAGCGGCUCCAGCGCAGCGGGGAGCUGCCCCCGCAGAAGCUGCAGGCCCUCCAGCGUGUCCUGCAGAGCCGGUUCUGCUCUGCUAUCCGGGAGGAGGGGGCUGGCGGCUCCGUGAUGCUGCUGUGUCCUCACCAGGUGUACGAGCAGCUCUAUGACACGCUGGACAUCACUGGCAGCGCCGAGAUCCGGGCCCACGCCACAGCGAAGGCCACAGUUGCCGCGUUCACAGCCAGUGAGGGUCACGCACAUCCCAGGGUAGUGGAGCUGCCCAAGACGGACGAGGGCCUGGGCUUCAACAUCAUGGGGGGCAAGGAGCAGAACUCGCCUAUCUACAUCUCCCGUGUCAUUCCUGGAGGUGUGGCUGACCGCCACGGAGGCCUCAAGCGUGGGGACCAGCUGCUGUCUGUGAAUGGUGUGAGUGUUGAGGGUGAGCAGCACGAGAAGGCCGUGGAGCUGCUGAAGGCGGCCCAGGGCUCAGUGAAGCUGGUGGUGCGUUACACACCUCGUGUUCUGGAGGAGAUGGAAGCCCGCUUUGAGAAGAUGCGCUCUGCCCGCAGGCGCCAGCAGCACCAGAGCUACUCGUCCUUGGAGUCCAGAGGCUGAAACCACAGAUCUGCACCCCCCUGCUCACCCCAUCUCCUGUACAGUAUUUAUUGUCACCUGCUCCUUAUUUAAAGAUCUUUGAACCUCA